GGUCCGAGGAGAUCAGUCGUCUCCAUCUGCCAGAUCAAACAAUCAGCUUCUGCAAAGAACCUCUGGAACAUCUCACGCAGUAACCAUGCAGCUGUGCAUCAGAAGACUGGCAUGCCUGGCUCUCCUUGUCGGGGUUCUGGCAAUGGCAGCAACGGCUUCUGAAAUUAAGAUAGUCAAGUGCUGCACUGAGGUCAGUGUCAUGAACGUCACUGCUCCCAUCUUGGGCUACAGGAUCCAGAGAAGGAACCUCCCAUGUGUCCGCGCUGUCAUAUUUGAGACCACCGAGGGAGAAGUCUGCAGCCACUGGAAACAGGAAUGGGUGUUUGACAAGAUCAGGGAGCUAGAGCAGGCCCGCAGAGCAAAGAAGAACAGUACUCCUGCUCCUACAACCUCCAGCCCCUAGAAACCACUACUCACCAUCAUGAAUACCUAUAACCAAUUGUCUUGCAUUAAUUUAAAAUAUUUAAAAUGCUUUCUAAUGUUAUUCUGUAAUAUUUAAUAUUUAUUUCUAGCGCUAUUUAUUUGUCUUUGAUUUCCUUUAUCGUUUCCUGUCUUUGUUCAGUUAACAUAAUGCUUAACGGAGAUAAAAGAUACAAAAAGCAUCCACGAUGUGCAUCUGAGAGUUGUCUGUUGUUUGCUAUAAACAAAAUAAAUGUUCUUGACCUCUG